CGGAAGCUUGCUCGCUAGAGGGGACGUGGAACGGGGGCGGGCAAGCAUUCUAGUGCGAGUCCGACAUACGGGAAAGCGAGGGCACGACGGCGGGAGAAGGGGGAGACCACAGGACAUAGUGAGGAGCUUCACUGACACGCAGAGAGAGAGAGAGAGAGAGAGAGAGAGAGAGAGAGAGAGAGAGAGAGAGAGAGAGAGAGGUUGCAAGGGUGGGUGACGAUGGCGGACCAGAGAUGUGCGGGCCAUCGCAAUUCGCUGGCUUGGGUGCUGAGAUUCAUGUGUAGCGCUGUGGUGUUGAUGUCAUUUGUUAGCGGGGUGCAUGGACAGCGAACAAUAACUGUUUCGAAGGACGGACGUGGCAAUUUCAUGACUGUUGGCGGCGCCCUCAAUGCUGCGACACCCGGGUCACGCAUCGUGAUUGCCGCUGGCGUUUACAGAGAGCAGGUGCGAUUAAGAAAGAGUAAUAUCAUUCUGAUUGGUGUCCCUGGCCAGACGGUGAUUAUUUACAAGCAGAGUGCUGCGCAGGCGGGAAGCACCGAGAAGUCCGCGACCUUCAUUGUCCACUCGCAAGCUGCUGGUUUCCAAGCGGUCGGCGUUACUUUCACGAACGAUUACGGGCCCAAUUACAAGGAAGGCGACCAAGCUGUGGCGCUGAACGUCCAGGCCGAUAGUUCCUUCUUCAACUGCAGGUUCAUAGGGUGGCAGGACACUCUGUACGCCAAGAAGGGCCGCCAGUUCUAUCAGAACUGCUACAUCGAGGGGUCUGUGGACUUCGCCUUUGGCGCCGCCACUGCACAGUUCGUGAAUUGCGAUUUGUAUGCCAAAAAGCGGGGCAAUGCGGUGAUUGCGUCGUACACUGCGCAGAAGCGCGGGAGCGCGUCCGAAACCAACGGCUAUGUGUUCGUUGGUGGGAAAUUGCGCUGUGACCCGGGCGUCAAAGCGUAUCUUGGCCGCACGUGGGGUAUGUAUGCCCGCACUGUAUUCAUUGAGGUGGUGAUGGACGACUGCAUCACCCCGGCGGGUUGGAGUGUCAUCAGUGGACGUGGCGGGACCACCACCAGCUUCUCAGCAGAGUAUAACUGCCGUGGUCCUGGCGCCAAUCGCAGCGGACGAGUGUCGUGGAGCAGGGUAUUGACGCCCGAGCAGGCUAGUUUCUUCAGGUCGUCAAAUUUCAUUGGCGGCCCAAGGCCGCAGCCUAAGUAAGGACUUCAUCUAGCUGGCGUUGUGUGUGUCGCGCUCGCUCUUCGUCUUUCACCGACUGCCUCGCGCCCUCUGUCGCACUUAUCGCUUCUCCGUCGAUUCGGACGUUGACAUCUCUUAGCGAUCUCGAGCGAUUGUCCAUGGCCGCUUGACUACGGCCGGCAAUGCGAGUCAUUGUGUAUGACAUUGUAUGGAUCGCUCUCAUUCUCUUUGUUCACCUUUUUCGUGGGGUUAGGAAGGUACUUUCGAAACCGCCCCCCCGUCUUGAGAUUUCUGCUGGCGGGUGACCUUAUUGAGUUUCUUGUUUUCGGCUUCUUCGUGCCUCGUCAUCCUCUCUUUUCGCUGCCGCUUGUUUAGUGAAAGCAUUUCUGCACGUUAGGUUUGUCUGGCGUGCAUGGAAGGCACCUCUCUCUUGUCAAAGCUCUCCGUUUUGAUCGCUCACUAGCUUAUGUCCCGUCCGCCGGUAGAUUAAUGAUUUAAUCGACGGCUCUUGCUUGCCAGACCCAGCUGGCUGGCCUGCUAGUCACACACACAGACGCAGAGACAGACAGACAGACACACACACACACACACACACAGAGAGAGAGAGAGAGAGAGAGAGAGAGAGAGAGAGAGAGAGAGAGAGAGAGAGAGAGAGANGAGAGAGAGAGAGAGAGAGAGAGAGAGAGAGAGAGAGAGAGAGAGAGAGAGAGAGAGAGAGAUGAACACUCGGACUUCUUAACCUGUUUAUGAACGUAGUCGUGGUCAGAUUCAUCCACGUCCGUUGUUGUUGGGAUUUCCUCGGUUAUUACCUUUUGCGUUGUCCUAUUUAUUGCCUUGAGCUCUCGGCUGAUGAGUUAUAGAUCAGUGCAGCGUGCCCGCAAUGGGACUCAGUGUUGUGGUUUCCACAUAGUUGAAGUAUUUAUACCUUUGAAGAUUUUCUGCUAAGGAAAUAUAAUUUGCAUGCGAUAAGCAAUGAUGCUAUUUUUCUAUGUUUUCAAGGAUGUAUUCACACUCGGACUUUUUAACCUGUUUAUGGAGGUAGUCGCGGUCAGAUGCAUCCGGGUUCGGCUGUGAAUGUGGUCAUAAUUUUUUAAAAGAUGGAGCUAGUGUUAGUUAGUACGGCCUAAGUUGGAAACUAUGCAUAGCGACUUCAUGUUGUCUCUUCGUUAUGUCCUCCCCACGAGUGGUUAGUAAAUGGCAGCAUGCUGUAUUCUUUCAUAUUGAUGACACUACUGUAGGCUUACAACGCACGGAGACAGGUUCAAGGUGCUCAAAGUCUCUUUUAUAAAACCGACCAAGCGUGAGGUUUUUUUUUUUUUUUCCUCCCCUUUUCUAUUGUCUUAGUUGGUUGGUUGGGGUCCAUGCCUUGUUUUUACUUGCGUGGGUGCCAUGCCUUCUAAGUUCCACUUAGGCUAUGUUGUCAUGUUUACAGGUAUUAAGAGUUACAGAGUUGGUUUCUGGAAAUUUAUCAAGUUCGUGAAGAGGGUAUUUUAUUACGAAUAGGGAAAUACAAAAUUUUCUAUCUUGCUUAUUAACCUUUAGACUGCGUCCCCGUUUGAACAUACAUCAUCAUUGAUUGAAACCAACCACCCGUCAGUAUUCUUAUUGUCACUGCCAUUCCGGGUCGUAAUGCUUCAUAUAUCUCGGUCGAGAAACCUGUAGUAACGGAGGAGAAAUUUAUCACGAAAUUUCUUCGUCCGUUGCGUACAUGAUACGAAGUGGUGGCUUUCUGAUUGAAUAUAUACUUCGUUGCGUACGUACUAGUAUGGUGCAUGGUUCGUUUUUGUUGAGAAACCCUCUGGCUAGUAUCACGAAAUCUCUCGAGAAAUUUCUCGUGUUCGAACGUGUACUGCGUUGCAUUCGUUCUACUAUGGAGUGGCUUGGUGUUUGAACGGUACAGUAAGGAUUAUUCCUGUUUGUCAUCGUUCUUGAAUCCGGAUUCU